GCUCCUCCUUUCCUUUCUCGGCGGCAGCGGCGGCGGCGGCCGAGGAGGACCCGCCGGCGUCAGGCGAUGGACCUUCUUACUCUCUGCCCGUCGUCGGCGCCGGCAUCAUCUCCUCGUGCGUGCUCCAGCGCGAGGCAGUGCGCGCGUCCAUUAGGCCGCUCAUUAGACUGUCGUCGUUUCGCGCGGCGGUGUGACGUCACCACCCGAUCAUUGUCACCCUCGCGUUUUGAAAAAUGAAACAGACCAGCCGGUGUCGGCGGCGAGUCGCUGAAGUGAUGUGAUUUCGCCCACCGCUCUCACCACCGGCCGACUCUCACUCGCGAACGCGGAGCCCCGGUGCUUGUGUGCGGGCCCCCGCUGCCGCCCCCGGCCGUCGCCACCCACAUGCUACGCCUCACCAUGGACGACGGCUUCUCGGCGGCGGCGAACCGGCCGGCGGCCGCCGCGUGCUCGGCGGUCGCGGCCACUGACUUCAGCAUCGCCGCGAUCAUGGCCGUGCCCCGCGGGGUGCAGCCUGCUCCCCCGGCCGCCAGCCCCGCCGCAUCCCCCUCUAGCAACCUCGCGCCGCUCGAAAAAUUCGUGUUGGACGCAUCUUCGCGGCGCAAGUCGCGGUCGCGGUCUCCGGCGAGCGGCGAGGAUGGUCGCGACAGCCCCGUGGAGAUCAGCUCGUCCACGUCGGACACGGCGGACGCGAGCAAGUCGAGUAAAGCGGGCAGUGAGCCGGCCAAGUCACCGUCGCCGGUGGCCAAGGUGAAUCCACAGCUGCAAGAGCGGUGCAACUGCGAAGAACUGCAGCACGUCGUCUGCCAUCUCGAGACUAAGGAGUUGUGGGACAAGUUCCACGACCUCGGCACCGAGAUGAUCAUCACCAAGACUGGCAGGCGAAUGUUCCCCACCGUCAGGGUGUCGAUGAGCGGCUACCUGAGGCCUGACGCGAGGUACGCGGUGUUGAUGGACAUCGUUCCCGUGGAUAGCAAACGCUACCGCUACGCUUACCACCGCUCAUCGUGGCUAGUGGCGGGCAAGGCAGACCCUCCUGCGCCCCCCAGGCUCUACAUGCACCCCGAUUCACCCUUCAGCGGGGACCAACUCAGGAAGCAGGUCGUCUCGUUCGAGAAGGUCAAACUCACCAACAACGAAAUGGACAAAAACGGACAGCUGGUGCUUAAUUCAAUGCACAAAUACCAGCCACGCAUCCAUUUGGUCCGGUUAAGGUCCAACUUUUCGGACAACGCGAGCAUCCACGACCUGGAGUCGGAGUACUUCAAGACCUUCAUCUUCCCUGAAACCGUUUUCACUGCCGUGACUGCCUACCAAAAUCAGUUGAUCACGAAACUGAAGAUUGACAGCAAUCCUUUUGCCAAAGGUUUCAGAGAUUCUUCCAGGCUGACCGAAUUUGAAAGGGAGACAAUGGAGUCGAUGCUUGCCGAGCAGCACUACCUCAGGACACCGAUGCGACCUUUCUCCGAGCUUGACCUGCUGAACAACAACAGCAAUGGCCACAAUAGCGUCGUGGGGGCGGCGAACCUGAGUCUGGAGGAGAAGGCGCUGCUGGCCGCCCGCAGUCAGCUGUUCCUACGGGCGGCCGCUGUGGCCGCCUCGUCGCCGUCGUCGCCGUUCCCGGGAGCGUCCACCUCGAUGGCGGCCGGCCCCAUGCUGUACCGCCCCCGGCCGGAGGUAGCGGGCCACCUGCCACCGCUGCAGCAGCUGUGGUCCCAGUGGGCCUGUCUGGGCCCGUCGUCCCUGCUGGCGGCCCACUCGCACUUCGCGAUGGCGGCCGCCGUGUCCGCCUCGCUGUCUGGCCCCGAUGGCCUCCCGCGGCUGCCGCGGCCCGUGUAUCCGACGCACCGCUUCAGCCCCUACACCCUGCCGCCCCCGACCACCCCCAAGGACCUGUCCUCACCGCCCAACUCGUGCUCCAGCACUCCAGACAGCUGCCGGGCGGACAACAACUGUGAUGGUGCCUCUUCGUAAUCGAGAGUGACUCGUAAAUUGAAAGUGCGUUUAAGCCUCCCCUGACUUAAAACUUUUUCAGUAGUGGAUCUCAUAAUCAAGCGUUUCUACGCGGAGGAUUGGACAGCCCUCUUGCUGGAAUACACAAAUGCAUUUUAUAUGUUGACGUUUUUAUAUCAUUUCGCGUGUACAGAAAGAGCUUGCGGCACUCAAGAGAUUUUGCACAAAAGUGAAAUCUGAUAUCCAUUAUAAUCAAUACCCUCUCACAUUGAGGUAUCUGAAAAGGAAAGUGGUCUAGAAAUUAACAGGUAAUCAUCGAGUCAAUAUUGAUGAUGAUAAAUUUUAAACAUUCUUGGUUUAUCCUUUAACAUUUACGCUGAAGUCAAAUUUCAACAUGUUUUACACAUUAAUUUACUUUUUAGUAAUUUUAUGACAAUCAAGAUACGCAGACAUAUCAUAAUUUCUGAUUAAAAAAAUAUGCUUUGUAACACUUUCCAUUUCAGUUACUGAAUUGAAAUCGGUCUUCAUCUUAGAUUUUGCGAAUAAAUAUAUCGCACGUCAUGUGCAAUUAUUCAUGUUUCUCACUGUGGUCACAAAAUAAAUUAUUGUAUCAAACGAAUUACUUGA